AACUUACAAAAUUUUAUCAGAAGAUGUCGCCACGUUACAUAACCUCAAAAUAUAAAUAAAUCAAUAAAUUCUUUAAAAGUGUUUAAAAAUGGGUUCUGAGCAAUCAAAUUUACGCCAAAAUAGCUUGCACAGCGAUAAACAACCAAAUAAUGUGUUACGCAAACAGCAUACAAUCGCAAAUCCAGAGUCAAGUAAUGAUGUGGAGAGACCCGGAUCAACAUCUCCGGGCCCCAGUAUUUGUAGCGAUUCCGAUUUACCCUACAUUAGUUACACCGUAAAUCGCCCAAUAGGAGAUUCCCCCAAACUAACUAACAAGCAAAUAAACAAAUCGAAACCAGUACAGCGGAAAUUACAACAAAAAAACAUCAAAAAGUCUUCGACUCAUAGCAUCGUUGUUGUAAAACCAGCCCUUGUAGGGCCUAACGUUGAAAGAGAUCCCGACAUUUUAAAACUACAAAGUAUCCCAAUGUUUUUACCGAUAAUGCGAGCAACUUUAAAUCUCCCCGCAGCGAGAGAUCCGGAAGUUUUAGAACGUUUGGAUCCGAUCCCGUUGACAAAACUUUGUUUGCGCUAUCAAGAUCAUUUAAAUUCGUGCGCAACUUUAGUUUCAACCGAACAAAAUCAAAUUACACAACGGAUUAAAGAAACGGACGCUGAAAUCCAAGGGAUUAUGUCCGUCGCGACUGACCGGCAAAAGAAAUAUUCGCGAUACGCCGAACGAUUAAUGAAAAUCCAAGAGUUAUCGCACCAAUUAAAUCGGUGUCAUAUGAUUUUGAAUCAAACUUUGGAGUCGAUUGAGACGUUGAAUGAUUAUUUGGACAUUGAGGAUCGUUUGGAACCGUUUGUGUGGACGACUGGGUGAUAAUUAAAUUAAUGUGGAAACUGUAACAUAAUUUAGGCAGCAAAUGAGGUUCUGGUGACUGAUUAAGAGAUGUGUAUAUAGAUUUUGAUAUAGA